AUGAAGCAAUAUCGAGACAUGGUCUUGGAGCCAGAAGCAGUGGACAAGUUCCAGCACGUUUUAACCGAUUACAUUGGUGGGGCAGCCCUGCCGCUCCGUCAAGCAAGAGCUGACAUACUGCAAGAACCGGCGAAGCGACGGAAGAAUGGCAAAUCGAGAUUGAGGCUUCCUACCAGUCCUCCGGUGGGACAGAUGACAUCUCACGCUCGCAAGUCCACCAAACGAAGCCACCCAACCAUUUUCGAAUCCUUCGAUCAGCGGUCCUUCUUCUUGCCAGCUCCCAAAGUCGAAACUCGAUCGCCCGGUCGUGGGGAGCGCAAGAUCCCACUGUUGGUCAAUGACUGGACGGCUCAAGCGAAAUGGUUCAGCGAGGCUUUCAAGGCUGUGCAGCAAGUCGGUUGUCGAACAAUAGCCAAAGUCUGGAUCAAGAAGAUUCACCCGAAGAAACAAUCGACUCAUCCAUACAAUGGCGGUUUGCCUCGAGACUUGCCCAACGACGCCAAUCGCACCCGGCCCCCUUACUGGCCUCCCGGGGUCAUUCACAAGGAGCCAGACCAUAUCGAUCGCAACUCCCGAACAUCCUUACUUGUACAUCUCAUUAUGCACACGCCGCAGCAACAACUCAGGGCCACAACUGAUGACGGUCCCCUCAUCUUCGCUUCUGACUUACUCCAGGCCCUCGAAGAGAAGAAAGGCGACUUCAAAGAGGAUCGGUGGGCCAUCAUUCAAGAGAUCAUUGGAGUUCGAGAACAGCUCGAGAGGUUCAAUGAUGGUUCUGAGUACCACGAUCCCAGCACAGUCAUUCACGUCUCCGACUUCAGCGAGCCAGCACGGGCCAAGAGUGAAGGCGACCCAGACGGGGACGGGGACGAAGAGGACAAGCAAGAAGUUUUCGAUGAAGACAAGCCAGUCACUUCUGCUUCCAGUGAUACUGCAGGCCCUCACUCACCCGAGAUCCGAACGCACGACACUGCUCCACGAAGAAUUCGUGCUGAUCAGGAUGCGAAGGUCCACCAUCCGAGUCACAUCCCUGGAACCGGUCGAUACACGGAAUUGGUAGACGACGGCCCUCUUGUUCCGUCACAGCAGGAAUUUGAGGCUUCUCAAGUAUCCAGCAGCGAUUUCCUCACCAUGACGACCGGUCAAAACCAGCCUUCAAUGUCCGCUCACAGUGUCCCAUUCCCCUCGAAGUCUGUCGUCCGUAUAGACCCUCGCAGAGCUAGAGCUCAUGUGAGGCCGGAUAUGGCCUUCCUUUCGACGAUGGGUCAACGGCAGCAGCCAGACAUGCAUGCGUUCGACUGGAUGUCGGCCAACUCGCCUACGGCCAUGCUUCCUGUCGAGUACUCGUUCAACGGCAUGCAGUGUCAGACAGGGGUACCAGAUCAGAGCUUUCGGAUGGCCGGGGCCGCAAUGGGGCUCAGCGACAGGGAUAUGGUUGGCGCUGGCCUGCCUAUGGCCGAUGCGACGGCGUUCCAGAACUUUACGGACCACUCGAGACCUCUACCAAGUCGAACCAUGUCAGCUUCUCACGCCUCAAUGAUGGAUCCCUCCAUGCAGGAUGCUCAUGGCUUUUUCUAUCACGGCUGA